AUGGCGCCGACAGUACAAGAUCCCGAUACAUAUGUGAAGACUAUCCGAGUAUCUCCUCCUCCCGGCUCACCCUACUCCCUUGCGAUCCCGGGCAGUGCGCGCGAAGAUCGCAGUGGUGUUUACAGGCAUUAUCAGUUCGUGGAUAAGCCAUUACUACAAACGAUCGAUCCAGAAUGUUUGACCAGUCAUGAUUUCUUUGAGAAGGCUGUAAGAAAGAGACCAAAUGCUAGAUGUUUGGGUCACAGACCUUGGGAUCCCGUUACGAAAACUUAUGGUAACUAUCAAUGGAUUACAUAUGCGGAGACGGCAGAGCGCAGAAAGAAUUUUGGUGUGGGAUUGGUAGAGCUUCAUAAGAGGGCGGGAAUCACAGAUGAUAAGUAUGGUGUGGGUCUUUGGUGUCAAAAUCGUCCGGAAUGGCAAAUUGUUGAUUUGGGAGCGAUGUCUCAAUCCCUCUUCACGGUUUCCAUUUACGAUACUCUCGGACCGGAUACAACGGAAUAUAUUGUCAACCAUGCAACGCUCGCUUGUGUUUGUACGAGUUUACCACAUAUUCCGACGUUAUUGAAGUUGGCACCGAGAAUACCUACGUUGAAGCUCAUCAUUUGUCUUGACCGUUUGGAUGAAGGAGAACAGCCUGGAAACACAAAGAAAGCACUUUUGAAUGCUCUUGCGGCUGAAGUUGGAAUCGCUAUUCAUUAUAUUGGAGAUGUUGAAGCCAUUGGAGCCGCGUCCCCAAAUUCUCCAAUGAACCCACCUCGACCAGAAGACAUCAUUACAAUCAAUUAUACCUCCGGAACAACUGGUAACCCCAAAGGUGUGGUUCUUACUCAGGCGCACGCUGUUGCAGCAACUUCCAUUUCGAGAAUUGUGUCCGAUCCAUGGCCUAAUGAUGUCCUUUGUUCAUACCUUCCAUUGGCACACAUUUACCAACGUCUUGCCGAGCAUGGCUGUCUUGCUGUAGGAUCAGCUAUUGGUUAUUUCCGUGGUGAUAUUCUUGGACUUGUCGACGACUUGAAGCUUCUUCGCCCAACAGCCUUUAACUCCGUUCCUCGUCUCUAUAAUCGAUUUGGAUCCGCUAUCAAAGCCGCUACUAUCGAUGCCCCAGGUGUCAAGGGCACAAUCGGUCGUCAUAUUAUCAACACCAAGCUUGCAUCGAUGAAACUUCCACCCGGACAAGCUACCAAUAAACACGCUCUCUACGAUCGUAUCUGGACUCCUAAAUUAGCUAGUGCUUUUGGUCUUCAAAGAGCUCGUGGUCUGGUAACUGGAAGUGCUCCAAUUGAUCCUGGUCUUCAUCAAUUCCUCCGUGCAGCCUUUGGUGCCAGAUUCAUUCAAGGUUAUGGCCUUACCGAAACCUAUGCACAUGGUCUUGUGCAAUACGAUGAUGAUUACACCACCGCGGAAGUAUGCCUCGAAUCCGUCCCCGACAUGGAGUACCUCGCCACCGACACGCCCAACCCCCGAGGUGAAAUCCUCCUCCGAGGUACCGCCCGUUUCCGCGAAUACUACCGCAACGAAGCCGAAACCUCCAAAGCAAUCGAUGCAGACGGCUGGUUCCACACCGGUGACAUCGGAGAAGUCGACAGCAUGGGCCGCUUCAAAAUCAUCGAUCGUAGAAAGAACGUCCUCAAACUCGCUCAGGGCGAGUACAUCUCCCCCGAACGCAUCGAAAACGUCUACCUCGCAAACUGCAAUCUCCUCGCCCAAGCAUAUGUGCACGGAGACUCAACCCAAGCUUUCCUCGUCGCCGUCUUCGGAAUCGAUCCCGUGACGUUCGCGCCGUGGGCAAGCAAGAUUCUCGGCAGAGAAAUUAAGAGUGAGGAUAUCGCAGGCCUUAAAGAAGCGGGUAAUGAUAAGAGGGUGCGCAUGCAACUUGUCAAGGUAUUGGAAGGCGUGGGCAAGAAAUCAAAGUUUAACAGCUAUGAGAAGGUCAAGAAUGUGUACUUGGACAUCGAACCGUUUACCAUUGAUAAUGAACUUUUGACACCGACACUCAAACUCAAGCGUCCCCAAACGGCAAAGAAAUUCAGAGAUCACAUUGACCAAAUGUACGCCGAAGCAUUGGCGGAUGAGAAACCGUUGGCGAAGUUGUAG